CUUCAGUUCUCAUUCAUCCUCUUUCUCUGAAUAGUUUUAAACAAAAAUCUAUCAUCCACCUACUUUUUCCAUUUAAUUUAAUUAUUUUGCUAUGAUUUCCAUCUUUCCAUUUCUUAGGUUGUUCCUAUACUAUGCAGUGCGUGGCAUGGCAGACUCUGUAGAGUUGGUCUUUUGUCCGUAUAAUUACGUUAUCAAUCCAGUCAUUCGAGGCGUGUGAUGGAUGUAGAUAUUAAAGGAGCCAUUUUAGUUCUUGAUGAGGCUCACAAUAUGGAGGAUAUUGCCCGUGAUGCUGGUAGUGUGGAUAUUGGUGAAGAAGCUUUGCAUAAAUUGAAGGUGGAGCUGGGAGACAUAUGCCAAGCUAAUGCUUUGGUGUACCGACCUUUAUAUGAAGUGACACAGGGCGUCCUAAGUUGGAUUGACCACAAAAAGAUACAUUGGAAAAGCAUGAAUUUCAACAUUAUUUCACCUGCUGGAAUUGGCGAUCAUCAUUUGCAAUAGUUGGACUGGUGAUAAGGCAUUGAGAGAGCUCCAAGAAGCUAAUAUUUCUCAACAAUCUUUCCCAACCUUGCUUGGAUCUGCCAAAAAGGCAAUGAGAGAUGCAUCAUAUACAAAAAGCCAUGUAGAACAUUUAUCUGGCAUUUCUAUGAGUACUUUAGAAGGUAAAAGGGUUCUUAUUUUAAUGUGUUCAGUGACCUUAUUAUACUUUGAUGCGCUAUUCUAAUUCAUAUCAUUUUUUUGCCACACAGGAUUGUUUUCUUCUUUGAUUUAUUUUUUCUCAAGAUCAGGGUCUUAUAUGUCUGAUUUUCAACUUGCCUUACAAAAUACGUGAAAAGAGAUGCUAGUAAGCAAUCAAUAAAGCCUUUUUUGUUGCUAUCAUUUAAUGCUAAUUACAAUUGAGUU